GCAAGGGAGUGUACAAUCGUCUUGGGACGAGAAGAGUGGUAAGGGCAAUGGCCCGCGUGUCGCCAACGACCGACGAGUUGACGAGCCCGGCGAGCAGUUGCGGCCAAAGCUCGACAAAAAAGCGGGGACCCAAGGCGCAUUUGAGCCUCGACACGAGCGACGAGCGGGAUGAUGACCCGCUCACGACCGUUGUGCUCGCCGCCCUCGACGCGAGCAUUCUCUACGACAACGAAGGAGUCGCACUGGAGGCGUUCCGGGCGCGUCUCGGGUCGUCGGAGGUCCAUGCCGACUUUAAAAUCAAAAUGCUCCUGGACAUGCUGGCGACGGUGCGGGCGACGCACCUCUCCAAGGAGUCGCUUGAGAUAGCGUGGCACCGUAUCGUGGACGAAGAGCGUCGGGACCUUCUGGAGCUCACGACGUCGACGCCGCCGACGUCAGCGCGCGACUCGGUCGCGUCUGUGCCCCGACCGAGCACGUCGGGCGCACCGUCCAAGCUAUCGCAGGCCAAGUCCAAGCGCAAGCAGGCCGAGUACGACGCCAAGCUCCUGGCGAACCGCCUCGCGCUCCUCAAGCAAGAGGAGCAGAAAGCGUGGCGAAAGAUCGAGCAAACGCGCGAAAAAGCACAGCAGAUUCUUGAGCACCGCGAAGAAGCUGUCAAGAAGCAGCAAGAUCGGCACUUGUUUCUGCAUGCGCGCGAGGUCGAGACGCGGACAGCGACCAAAAAACACAAGCUGGCGGCCAAGACCUCGGUCAUCAAGAAGCGACAGGCCGCGAUUAGCGUCAUCUCGCGAAAAUACCAAGAAGUCGACACGGUCAAGCAGGAGCGGCGUCGGCUCAAGAUCGAGAAGGAGCGCCAAGCCCAAGCCGAAGUCGAGCGCGCACGAGAGAAGAGGGAGCUCGUGCGGCGCCAGGAAGAAGAGUUGCGGAAAAAGCGCUUGAAAGAACGUGUGGUCGCCGAGAAGCAAGCUGUCGCACGGUACCGGCAGAGCGUCGAGGAAGAGGAAGUCAUGCUCCGCGAGCAGCGCAAGCGGGUGGCGGCCAUGGAGCGUGCGGAGCUCGAGCUCAUUCAGCGUCUCCAGAGCACCCAGCUCCUCCAGCGCCAAGCGUACAACGAGCUUGAAAAGGCGCUCAUCCGCACGGAAAUGUAAUGACCACUAGACAACAUAGGAUACUUAA